AGAGAAAGUACUGGCCUCCAGCCCCAUCAUGGAGGCUAUUGGAAAUGCAAAAACCACCCGCAAUGACAACAGCAGCCGCUUCGGGAAAUAUAUCCAGAUCGGCUUCGAUAGGAGAUAUCACAUCAUCGGUGCCAACAUGCGAACGUAUCUGCUUGAGAAGUCCAGAGUAGUAUUUCAGGCUGAGGAAGAGAGGAACUAUCACAUCUUCUACCAGCUCUGUGCUUCAUCCUCUCUGCCAGAGUUUAAAGAUCUAACCUUGA